UGCCACCACUCUGUAGCAGUGAGUGGCUGCAACAAAAGCACAGAAUAACAUCUCAGCUCCUCUCCUCUGCUUUUUCCCCUCACUGCAUCUCCUCUUCCUCGGUGCAGAGAACUCCACACAACACAGCAGAGCCACACGGAACUGUCGUCGCAAGUACAGCCACUGCCUGCCAUCAACAAGUUAGGGAUGAAGGACCUCAAGCAACGAAAGAGGAAUGCGUGAUCUUCAAUUAACCAAUUGAGCUGACAUCAUUGCGGUGGAAAAGGAAAAAGGCAGCUAAGGGACGGAGGGAUCUGCUCAGCGGUGCUGCUUUGGAUGCAAAUCAUCAACUUCGAAUUUAAGGAUUCUUGGAAGGCAAAUAAUGCUGGUCUUUUCUUAAUCUAGGAAUUGAAUAGCUGGACUGACAAAAGAACAGACUGGGGGAAAAAAAAGAGGGAAAAAUCAGCAUCCCAGGACAUGGAAUUCCUGAAUUUGGUUCAACUGGGGGGGCUCAGCACUUCUUUAUUUCUGAAGAGCUUGAUUCCUUUUGUAUUUACCCAAAAGGUUUUUUUCCCUUUGGAUUUUUCUUCCAUCUGGCUGCACCAAAAGUCUGUGGAAAAAGACAGUUGAAUGCAGCCUCCGAUGUACACAAAAGAAUGGGUUUCCAUUCAAGGUGGCCAUUGGUGGGACAAGCACCAGCGGCACUUUGUGUGAUCAGCAUGCUACUGUGCCUCCCUCCUGUGUCAUGCACAACCUGCCCCCAGAAAUGCCGAUGUGAAGACCUGCAGUUUUACUGCGACACACAGGGGCUCCUGGCGCCCCCAGACGGUGUGGAUAAAGGGGCCCUUGGACUUUCGCUCAGACACAACAGCAUCAGCGAGCUCAGCUCAGACCAGUUCUUUGGCUUCACCCAGCUCACUUGGCUUCACCUGGACCACAACCAAAUAACCACCGUGCAUGAGGAUGCCUUCCAGGGGCUGUACAAGCUCAAGGACCUUAACCUGAGCUCAAACCGCAUCACCAAGCUGCCAAACACAACCUUCAUCCACCUCAUCAACCUGCAGAUCUUGGAUCUCUCCUUCAACCAGAUGACAGCUCUGGAGCCUGAGCUCUUUCACGGGCUCCGGAAGCUCCAGAUCCUACACCUGCGGUCAAACUCGCUGCGCACGACGCCUGUGCGGGCCUUCUGGGACUGCCGGAGCCUGGAAUACCUUGGCCUGAGCAACAACCGGCUCCGUAGCCUGGCCCGGAACGGCUUCGCCGGGUUAAUUAAGCUGCGGGAGCUCCAUUUGGAACACAAUCACUUGACCAAGAUUAACUUGGCGCACUUCCCUCGUCUGGUCGCCCUCCAGUUCCUUUAUCUUCAGUGGAACAAGAUCAACAAUUUAACAUGCACCAUGGAAUGGAAAUGGACAACUCUGGAGAAACUGGAUCUCACUGGGAACGAGAUACGUGUACUCACCCCCGAUGUGUUUGAAACUUUGCCCAACCUCAAGAUCCUGCUGCUGGAUAACAACAAACUGUCCAGUCUCGACACACAAACCAUGGAUAUGUGGAAAUCCCUAAAUGCGAUUGGGCUGUCGAGCAACCUAUGGGAAUGUACCAAACGGAUCUGCAAUUUGGCCACUUGGCUGAGCACCUUUAAGGGUCGAUGGGAGCAUUCUAUCCUCUGUUACAGCCCUGAGUACGCACAGGGCGAGGAAAUACUGGAUGCCGUUUACGGAUUCCAACUUUGCCAAAAUUUCUCGGCCCCGGUCGUACUGACUAGUAGCAGCACGGAGGCCACGCUCCCAGAGAUCACAAGCUCUCUCUUUGGAAAUAUGCAGACCCCUACGCAAGACUUCUAUGCAGAGGAUUUUGGGAGCUUUACGAUUGUCACCACUACUACCACCACGACCCAACCCCCACGCACUGCCCUCGCUACUACCAUGACGGUGGAGGGGGCAGAUGUUACAGAGGACUACUCUGCGAUGGACAACACCGUGCUGACCCAGAGGGUCAUAAUUGGCACCAUGGCUCUGUUGUUUUCCUUCUUUCUCAUCAUUUUUGUAGUGUACAUAUCAAGAAAAUGCUGCCCUCCCACUCUGAGGCGUAUCCGCCAUUGCUCGGCCAUUCAGAACCGACGACAGAUGAGGACCCAGCAGAGGCAGCCAAUGGCGGACCUGGCCACACAGGUGCCCUAUAACGAGUACGAGCCCAGUCACGAGGAGGGUGCACUUGUGAUCAUCAAUGGCUACGGGCAGUGCAAAUGUCAGCAACUGCCUUACAAAGAGUGUGAAGUAUAAACUCUAUUUAUUCCUGCAGUUUCUGGGUUUAACCAUUUGUCCAUUUCAAAAAAGAUACAGGGUUUGCUUUUGGACUUUUUUUCCCCUUUUCAGUUUGUAUGAAGGAGGAGUAUUUCUUUAAAAUUGUUAGCUUUGGAAAUCUAGAAAGCUUGAGAUGACUGGGAUGAAUUUGAAAAGAGGAUAUAUAGAAAAAUCCACAAGUUUAUUUUUGUAAUACAAAUGCAAAGGUUCAUAUCUAGCUGGGGCAAUCAAUCUCAGCAGAGAAAGUUCGGAUGCGUCACCGCAUCACCAGUUUGUGUACUAUGUAUUCUGCAGCACAGAGGAGAUGAGAAAUCUAUAGCCAAACCGCCUGGAACCCUGUGCUAAAGAAAACAGUUUAUAAAAUGACAUAUCUUCUGAUAAAUGGUGAUAUUUUAUUUCAUGGAAAAAUAGUGUUACAUAUGCUGAGCAGUGCAAAUUGAAAAGGAUUUAAAAAAACAAACAAAAAAAAAAAAAAAAAAAAACUAUACUUUUGGUGCACGUUAGCAACACUAUAGAUCUCACUCACAUAUUCACUUUUGGGGAGAGGAAACCAAAAAAAAAAAAAAAGAAAGAAAAACAUCAGAUGGACACAAAGCAUAUUUUUUAAGAUCACAUUUUCUAAAUUGAAAACAAGUACCGUUACAAAUUGAGCCACAUAAUGAAAUUUAGUUUUGAACAGGGAAUUCAACCCACUCAACAUUAUUUGGCUUCCUCAUGUGGCAGAAAUGAUCGUUACACUUUGAUCAAGUCUUAAAUCUGAACUAAUGAGAACACUUAACUGCCUUCCCGUUUCUGCAUUUGGUUAAAUUCAAUAAACUCUGUCGGCUUCCUUGAAAUCUUAAA